AUGAAAGUCCCAGACUACCUCUCUGAAAUACCCUUCUUUGCCCGUUCUUCACGGCUGCCAGCGACUCUCCCGACGCCCGAAGCCAUCGAAUCAUGCAAUCGAGUCAUCAAAGAAGGUUAUGGAAGACGCAUCAUCCAGUUUGGCCAACAUUUUAUUGUCAAACAUGGUACCCGAGUUUCCGUCAUGGAGGGACAAAACCUUCUUUACGUGAAAAAGACCGAGGCUGUCCCGAUACCCGAGGUGUACGCCCUCUACACAAAAAUCAACCUCGAUGGAAGACUAGCCACAUACAUCAUCAUGGAAUAUAUCCCCGGCAAAACCCUCGAGGCCGCUUGGCCUAAUCUGUCUUUUCAUGAAAAGCACGGUGUAGCCCUUCAGCUUCAAGAACACUUCAAGCAGCUUCGGAAAGUCCCUGCGCCGGGUUACUUUGGCUGUUUCGGCAAUCCUCCUUGUGAGGACUCAGUCUUUUGGACACUGCCAUGCGACGACGCUGCGCAAAAUGCUCCACUCAGCCGCUCAUCCCGAACCGAGCACGAGUUCAAUCAAGGCCUAGUCGAGGUGUAUCUCGAAAAUGAAGGGUCAGAGCAAAUUGCCGAAAUUUACGAGUGCAUGUUCUCGGAAGUCUUGAAGAAUCACAGAGCUGUUUUGACGCACGCUGACCUGCAGAAGAACAACAUUAUCCUCAAGGAGGACAAGAGUCUGGUUGUGAUUGAUUGGGAGGCGGCGGGAUGGUGGCCGGAGUACUGGGAAUACUCCGCCGCUACUCUUGCAGCUGAAUUUAGUGAUGAUUUUCUGAUAUACCUUACUACCACUGCACUUGAUGAGUACCCCAGCGAGUGCGCGUGGUUGAAUCCUAUGAUACGAGAGCUUUGGCGCGGACAGAGGAGCUACAAUCUGGAAGUGAAGAAGGAGGUCAGCGCUUACGAAUUCUGCUCUCGGAAACCGAAUGCAGAGUGGUUAUAUGACCUUUCAACGUAG